AUGCCCACCACUCCAGUCCUACACGUCGGCAUCCUAGGCGCCACCACCGCCACAGACUCAAUCUACAUCCCAAUUCUCAACUCCCUGCCAAACCAUUACACCUUCAUCAUCAUCCACACAACGUCCAACAACCUCGAACGAGAUACCCAAAAGCACGCCGAUGUUCACACCCCGCAAAUAACGACAAACCCAGACGAAGUCAUCAACCAUCCAGACGUAACCCUCAUAAUCAACCUCCUCCCCUUCGACCAUCAUGAACAGUACACCCUCGCAGCCCUGGAAUCAGGCAAACACGUCAUGGUCGAAGUCCCCCUGAGCCUAAGCAUCCACGGUCUCCGUCGCGUGCGCGAUGCGCGCAAAAAGGGCGCCGCAAGAUCCUCUCAACCCGACAAUGCAAUCGCAAAUACAAACGUCUCGAACACACCCGGGCCAAAGGUCUUCGUAGGCUGUGCUCGUCGCUACGCACCUUGUUUCACGGAUAUCUUCAAAAAGGAGAUCUCCACCCUAGGCCGAGUCUACUAUGCCCGUUGUCGAAAUAUCACCGGUCCCUACACGGCCCCCGUCGCUCCCAACACGCCUGGAAAAGGAUACAUCAACGGCAACAGCAACAGCGGUCUACCUUCUUCCCUCACCCCGUCUGCCUCAUCAACCGCCCGCCCGGCACGGAUCCACGCCCUCCUCGCCGACAUCUUUGGCUCGGGCGAAGACUGUACGCGCGACCGCGAAGCGUUCUGCCGUUUCCUGGGUACACUAGGCGGCCACGAUCUCUCGUUAAUACGCGAGAGUCUGGGGUUUCCAGAUGCGGUGUCGAAUAUCUCUAUCAUUGAGCCGUUUUACUCGGCCAUGUUCCAUUACACGGAUGAUAGUCGUGGUGUGACGUAUCCGUUUACGUUGAUCUGGGAGGCCGGUGUUGACGGGGUGCCCCGGUGCGAUGCGCAUUUGACGGUCUACGGGGAGAAGAAGACGAUUAGUGUGGAGUAUGACUUUUCGUGCGUGGGUGUGCGCGGGGAGGGUGUUGCCGUUAAGGUCGUUGUUGAGGAGGCCGUUGAUGAUUCUGGUGAUGUUGAUGUUAAUGUUGAUGUUGAGGUGAAUGGCAAGGCUGGCGAGAAUGGACAUGUCAAUAGCGACGGCGACGGUCAGGGCAACGGCGUUGCGAAUGGACAUGCACGGACUCGUCCGCGAAUGAAGCGCACCGAAUUCGUGAGCACCGCCAGGGAAACGUACGAGCAGGAAUUCUUGGCUAUGCAUGCGUAUCUAGCUGGUGACGCUGGAGACUCGAAUCUCGAGGCGAAGACUACCGCGGAAGACGCCCUGGAUGAUCUCAAGCUUAUGCAUAUGAUCUUUGAUCAUUAUGAUCGGCAAUGUGGGACGAUUCGGACGCCGUUGGGUUGA